GAGACUCCCAAUAAAAAAAAGUGGAAGAAACAGACCCAAAUAGCCAAACGCCUUUUCCUAGCCAUGCCUUCUGCCAAACCCUCCUCAACCUUUUCCUUCUGUACAAAAACCAACAUCUAUUCACUUGCUGUCAUCACCUUCUUCUGCUCCUUCUCUUACUUCCUCGGCUCCUGGCAACACGGCCGCGGCACCAGCUCCACAACGGCAGAAUUCAGCCUCCGGGGCCGGUGUAACCCAUCACAAAACUCCACCAACACAGCCUUGAACGACCCAUUCUUGGCACAAUUGUCCAUAGACUUCUCCACCCAUCAUGCGGCUGAGGACGGGGCAGCCACCGUGCCGGAGGAGAAGGUGAAAAGCUACCCUGCAUGCGGGGUGGAGUACAGUGAGUACACCCCAUGUGAGGGGACGAAAAGGGCUUUGAAGUUUGAGAGAGAGAGGUUGAUAUACAGAGAGAGACACUGUCCAGAGAAAGGUGAUCUGUUGAAGUGCCGUAUUCCAGCGCCGUAUGGGUACAGGAACCCACCGGCGUGGCCGGCAAGUAGGGACGUGGCGUGGUACGCCAAUGUGCCGCACAAAGAGUUGACCGUGGAGAAGGCGGUUCAGAACUGGAUUAUAUAUGAAGGAGAUCGAUUCAGAUUUCCUGGCGGCGGCACCAUGUUUCCCAAUGGUGCUGAUGCCUACAUUGAUGAUAUCGGAAAGUUGAUCAAUCUCAAAGAUGGCUCCAUCCGUACCGCCAUUGACACUGGCUGUGGGGUUGCGAGCUGGGGAGCUUAUCUUCUUUCUCGGAACAUCAUCACGAUGUCGUUUGCACCGAGGGACACCCAUGAAGCACAGGUGCAAUUUGCUUUGGAGCGAGGAGUUCCUGCUUUGAUCGGUGUUCUGGCGUCUAUCAGGCUUCCUUAUCCGUCUAGGGCCUUUGACAUGGCUCAUUGCUCUCGCUGCCUCAUCCCAUGGGGCCAGUAUGAUGGGGUUUACUUGAUUGAAGUUGAUCGCGUUCUCCGGCCGGGUGGCUACUGGGUGCUUUCUGGGCCGCCAAUCAACUGGAAGAAACAUUGGAGAGGGUGGGAGAGAACAGAGAAAGAUUUGAAGGCUGAGCAGCAAACCAUUGAGAAUGUAGCUAAGAGCCUUUGCUGGAAAAAGUUAGUGGAGAAAGAUGAUAUAGCAAUUUGGCAGAAACCAAUUAAUCAUUUAUACUGCAAGGUUAACAGGAAGAUUACUCAGAAUCCACCAUUCUGCCUGCCAAAAGAUCCGGAUAGGGCCUGGUAUACGAAAAUGGAAACCUGUUUGACUCCCUUGCCUGAAGUUUCAUACAGUCAAGAACUUGCAGGUGGGGAAUUGGCGAAAUGGCCUGAGAGACUAAAUGUGAUCCCACCAAGGAUCAGUAGUGGGAGUAUUAACGGGGUUACAGCUGAGAUUUUCCAACUUAAUUCAGAACUAUGGAAGAAGAGAAUGUCAUAUUAUAAAGCUGUGAACAAUCAGCUUCGGCAGCCCGGAAGGUACCGAAACCUUCUAGACAUGAAUGCCUACCUGGGUGGAUUUGCUGCAGCUCUAGUUGAAGAUCCAGUUUGGGUGAUGAAUGUGGUUCCAGUAGACGCAAAAAUCAACACAUUAGGAGUGAUUUAUGAAAGGGGACUGAUCGGAACAUAUCAGAACUGGUGUGAAGCCAUGUCGACUUACCCGAGGACAUAUGACCUCAUUCAUGCUGAUUCAGUGUUCAGCCUCUAUAAGGACAGAUGUGAGAUGGAAGAUAUUCUGUUAGAAAUGGAUAGAAUUUUAAGGCCUGAAGGAAGCGUGAUACUUCGAGAUGAUGUUGAUGUUCUGGUGAAGAUCAAGAGGAUCACUGAUGGGCUGAAUUGGAUGAGUCGAAUUGUAGACCAUGAAGAUGGUCCUCAUCAGAGGGAGAAGCUUUUGUUUGCAGUAAAAUCAUAUUGGACAGCACCUGCUGCUGCUGACCAAGAAGGAUCCUGAUAAACUUCUUUGAGCUUUCUUUUGAAAUGUCUUCUACAUUUUUUUUAUUCUGAUUCUUUAUAAUUUGUUUGAGGCAAUUAAGACAGCCUUAAUUUAGCUUAUAUUGAAUUGUUUAUUUAUGGGCAACUAUAUGCCAUGCUAGUAGCUGUCUAUAGAAUAUGUCUUAGUGCCCACUUUCCUACCAUGUUACCUAGCUACCAAAUAAUCUAAUGGUUUUUGACUUUGGUGUGCAUUAGAUUUUAUAUUUUGUACACUUAAUGUUUAGACUUGAACAGGAUUAUGCCAA